GUGUCCGAACGCAAUGUUUACAUGCCACGAAACGAUUUGUAGCAAGUGCCGCGGCUUGCAGAUGGUUUGCGAAUAAGGCUGAAAGCGGAUAGAGGAAGCGAGAUGGGGCUACUACUAUUUUCUAUGUCAAUUGUUUCUAUGAUAGUUCAAAUUUUUUUACUGACUCUUGCUCUCGCGGCUGCUUUAUAUUACCUUGCUGAGCUGGUGGAGGAGUUUACAAAUUUAACUGCAAAAAUAAUCCGUAUAGUCAUAUGGGUGACAACUGUGUUGUACAUAUUACUGGCUUGCUUUGAGAGCUUGCCUACCAGUGUGAUUGUGCUGGGUUUUGUGAGUCAACUGCUGCAUCUCUCACUCUUGACCCACUUCCCAUUCUUCUAUCUAUCCUCACCUCCCUUCAUUGCUGCAGUAGGAGCCUUCAUAGUUCAGCACUGCUUGGCCUUCUCAUACUUCAACAGCACCUACUACCCAGUGUCAGAGGUGGUGGCGUACUUCACUCUGUGUGUGUGGCUGGUGCCCUUUGGGUUCUUCCUGUCACUCUCAGCGAAUGAGAACAUUCUACCUACCAGAGCAGAGACUGCCCCUCUCCUCAAUUCCAAUGAUGACUUUGUGACCGGGUACUUCAGCAAGCAGGGCGGCAAGCGGUACGGUCUGCUCGCCUUCUUCAAUUACCUCAAGGAGGAGUUCGUGCCGCUCAGGGCCAAGAAGGCCUUCUGAUGUGGUGCCGCUCAGGGCCAAGGCCUUUUAAUGUGGUGCCCCUGAGUGCCAAGGCCUUCUGAUGUGGUGCCCCUCAGUGUCUAGGCCUUCAGAUGUGGUGCCCUUCAGGUCAAGGCCUUCUGAAGUGGUGCCCCUGAGUGCCAAGGCCUUUUAAUGUGGUGCCCCUGAGUGCCAAGGCUUUCUGAUGUGGUGACCCUCAGUGUCGAGGCCUUCUGGUGUGGUGCCCCUCAGUGUCAAGGCCUUCUUAUGCAAUAUGCUCUAUAUGGUCACUGCCGUGUGACCAUGAAGAGAAUAUUGCUCAAGGCUACUGACGUGCACCUAUACUAGAUAAACGUUUUAUCUACAAACGGUGUCACCAAAUGCGAACACUCAACUCUGCAAUUGUAAACAACACUACUCAAAGAUUCACCACUUUAAUUAAACAAUUUCACCACACCACAAGCAAUUUCUGUGUAAAUAAUGAUAUUGCUUGCAAUGUCUGUGGAAAAAAUAUACCAGUGCAGGCAAUGUGACUGCAAAAAAUGUCACUGCAAGCAAUACAUCUGUACCAAACGAAGCCAAUGGCCUGGCGAUUAGUGAUAAUGUUGCGUGAUUUUGUUCGUUUUUCACAUUUGACCAUCGUAAGUGCUGAUAAUAUAGCUACCUUGAGUGGUGGGCAGAUAAAAUGUGACAGAAAAAGGUUGAAUUUAUGAUAUUUUCCCCUAUUUCAUUUUUAAGUUAAGUUAAUACCUACUGACAAGCUAUUCGGACGUGGUUGGAAAGGAUAAAACUAAUCAAAUCUUGAGUAAAUUAUAGUCUAAUGAAAGUUGAUUACGGUAAUUUUGUUUCGAAGUUUUGAAAUAAAUUAUACCUAAUAAUUUAAUUAUGCUAGAUUUGCCAUAAAGAAGUGAGGGAUUGCAAAAUCAUAUUUUAGCUUCAGAAUUUUUUGUGGUUUGCUUAUGUUUUUCUCGGGGGUUGUUUUUGUCAAAGAAAAGUGUUGAAUUUAAGCUUUCUAGGUGGUGGUUUGUGUUGGGGGUGAUUCCGAUACGUGAUAUUAUGAGUCCAUUACUGAACACCACUCUAGCAUUAACACUGUCAUUUUAUUUUAUUUUUAGUGCAUGAAAUUUACCGCCAUUCACUCUCGUACAAGUAUUUUCAAAUGCUCCAUGUUUUUGGCAAGAACAAUUAAACCAAUCGCGCUGAUUAUUUAUUACAGAGUAACAGAGCUUUGAAUUCAGUAGUUUAGUCGGAUAACCGGAACAGUCACUAGCACUUGAAUUAUCUCACGAGGACUCAAUUGAAUGUCAAUAUUGUGCGAGUGUGUGUAAUCUGAUCGCUAUGGAGCAGUUCUGGCUGGUAAAAUUAUCCAGGGAAAGAUUCAAGGAGCUACUUUAGACUAGAAUACCUCAGCCAUGAUAUGUUAACGGCAUUUUUAAAUGAAGUGUCUUAGUAGCUUACCAAACUAUAAACCUAACUCGAAUUCUUGUUCAUCCAUUCUUCCUAAACUUUUGAGGUCGUUAAAGUUUAUUCUGUAUUUCAGUUUAUAAGAAAAACUGAGUAUUGUGGUAGUGAUGAACAAUACAUAUGCGGGCUUAUUUGAGAACAAUAUGUAAUGUCUGAUUAAAUGUCACGUUGUAUUGUUUUUUCAUGCGUUCAGCGUUGAACUGUUUUGUGGUCCUCAGCGAUGCACUGAACCUAUACCUGUGAUUAUUGUGUAGCUGAGGAAUGUUGACUAGCGUAUCUUGUCUGUGUUUGGGGUAUAUUUGCUAUAUUGUUUUUCCUACAUUGGACGCAACGGCGGUUAGCAGUGACAUUCUUUGCAAGGAAUGUCGAUAUUCAAAUGCAGUACAUGCACUGUAGCGCAUGAAGCAUUGCCUUCAUCUGCGCAUCUAUUCUAGAAAAAAUGAGUGCGUCAUUGCCGAAUUAACGCUGCAGUUGUUUAAAAAAUUAAUCAGAAAACCUCACAAAUUGACGAAAUCUGCUGUUUUUUUAAUGAUGCCUACAUCUUUCGGAUGUCACAGCCAGUUAUGAUAAUGGAUAAUUGUAACACUUACGACCUCCGAAGCACUUAGUACCUUCGAGUCUUAAGUGCUACCUGGCCUCCUGCACCACCAACGCGCAUUUUCUCAUUUAUGGAAAAAAUGCACUAU